UCGUUUCUUCAUUAGAGCAUUAUGGAAUUACGAGUGAUUCCAGUAAUCUGGAUAGCAUUCCUUGUGGUAGAUGGUUUGACAUGGACAGAACUCUAUAACGUAACCUCGAAGCGUAGUUUGCAAAGAGAUAAACGGUUUCUUACAUAUCAAGGAUUUGGAGUUCACAAAUUCAUUUGUGGUGUAUCUAUUCCUGUAGCUUUAGAAGAUAAGAAACCAUGGCGAUCGGUUGGUGCUGUGUAUGGUUUUCAGGGUCAAUAUUCAGUGCCCACGGAGCCUAUUUAUUGGUGGGAUAAGUGGGAAGGAAGAUCAUUGGCAGAAGCAAAAGUGCAAUAUAAUAAGGAUGGAUCUUACACACGAGAUGAAUCUCGUGUGUUUAUUUAUGCAUUGAUAGAAUAUUAUUUGAAUCAAGAGGGAAAAAACGGCCGACAAUGUCUACAACGAGCAAUUUGUGAAAAUGCCUUGAUAGAUGAAUUUGGUGGAAUUAUCGGAGAAAUCAUAGGCACCGUUCUAAGGCCUUCAGAUGACUCAGAUGACGAGUACAAGGAUGCGUAUAAAGCUGGAAGGUACGGCGCAAUUUGUACAACUAUGUAUCCCAAAUGCCCACAAGGGCAGGGACUCUUUGACGGUUUGACAGUAACAAAAUCAUCGAAAUAUUACAAGGAUAUGUGAUG